CGUGACAAUGAAUUCAAAAUGUUUUAACUCUUCUAACUGCUAAAACGGCUUAGCAGAAGCCGUUAACGCCGUUGUAGAAGACAGUGACAAUGACGGUGAUUUCGACUUCGCGAUCAUACCGCCAGAACCUAGCGUGGUGACGGAUGAAGAAGAAGGUGCCGAUGAGGAUAUGGUCACAGCCUCUUUACCACAAGACAUUCCUGGGAAUAUAGAAGUAUUUAGAUGUGACGAGGCCUCAGUUUCCAGCAGUGGCAAUGACAGCAGCAAUGAUGAGCCGUUAUCCGAAAAGGCAAAGAUAAGUCGUCGUCAGCUGCCAGAUCAACCAAUAUGGCGAAAGUGUUCACCAAUAUAUUCUUCUAUAACUCAAGAGACAAGUUAUGUCACCAAAAGACAAGAAGAGGUAAAAAAGGUGUUUGAAAAUCUCACACCAGUUGAAAUAUUUGAGAAAAUAUUUGAUGAAGACGUCAUAAACUUGAUCGUAAAUAAUACAAUAUUAUACGCUAAUCAAAAUAACAGACACACAUUUCAAUUAGAUUCUGUCGAGUUGAAAAAGUUUAUGGGCAUAUUGAUACUAUCAGGAUAUCAUAAACUACCAAGAGAAGAUUUGUAUUGGUCUUAUGAUGAGGACGUAGGUCUUGAAAUAAUAUCGAAGUGUAUGCCAAGGCAAAGAUUUCGGUAUAUAAAAAAAAACAUUCAUUUUGUGAAUAACGACGAAGCUAGUUCAUGGAGGGAUAAAAUGUUUAAAGGAACAUAUUCAACUACUAAUAAACAACUGCGUAAGCCGCGUAUCGAGUCGCCGCGUCAAGAGGGCGAAAGUGAGGGAGGGAGCGGGAGUUGUGGCGGGAGUGCCAAUGUGGUCACGGAAACGACAGAAGGAGCAGUAGUGGUAGUGGGAGUGCCACUGUAG